AUGAACGUACCAUAUGACAACCACUGUUCCAGGGCACUGCAACCUGGUAGAAAUAUGAGGCAAUUAAAGCAUAUUAGCACGAUGUUUUGUGUUCAAGAAAAAGAACGAGCGAAUACAUUUGCAACAGACAAGGAUCCCCUCAGCAUUGGAUCUGAGUCUGACGAUGACGAGCCAGAAGCCAAACGUCUCAAGUACUCUCCGCUCAACCUGCAAGUGUACCAGAUACCCGCCUUUAACACACCAAAGUCACUAUCAAUAUACCCAACAAAUACAUUGCCUAAUUUUGUGAAUAAUCCAUUGAAUUUAGCGAAUCCACUGGCGUUUGCUGCCACAAAUGGACAAAAUGGAGAAAAUAUUGUUAAAACUUUACACAACAGAUAUUCGUUGCCAUCGAAGCUCACGAUAACGCCAGUAGUGAAUAAUGAAGUCGUUAGGUACAAGAAGAAUGGAGAAGUAGCUAAGAAGAGGGGCCCUCCUAAAGGUUACAAAAGAAAACCCAAACCAGAUCAUUCACAGAGUUUUAAUGGAACUUUACAGACACAAAACACAAUUUUAUCCAGUCUACUGGCAGCUAACAACACAACUAUCACAGGAGUUAGUAUACAGCCUGCCCUACCGCCAGAGCCUGUGCCAAAAAUAGAAGUUCCUGAAGGCGUAGAGUUAGUGGAGCUUCUCUUAGACCCUGAGGAUUGGUUUCCUGCGGAGCCCUACAAGAUGGUGUUCAGUCGUAAGAAGAAUCCAAAAUGGAAGAAUUUUCCUUACAGAUGCGAGCAUUGUUUUAAGGGCUACCGCGUGGUGUCGACGCUGCUGACGCACUGUGCGGAGCGGCACGGGGCGGUGCCGCGCGAGCUGGCCAUCCCCUGCCCGUGCUGCCCGCACGUCUCCACGCGCCGCAAGCACCACAAGAAGCACCUCGAGGGCCACGAGAGCCGCCGCCACCGGAUAUUCUGCAUGUACUGCCUGCCGCAGAACGACCCUUCAGAGCCAUACGUAAAAGAACCUAUAAAGUACCCGUACGACAAGUUCCCCCAAUACUGGUAUGCGUCCGAAGAAUCUUUAAGACUUCAUAAAAAAAGGAAACAUCCCUAUGCAGCUAUGUUUAAUUACAAUUGGUUUUGUACGUGGGGUGAAAAUCAACCUAAUAGCUAA